GGAAAAACAAAAAAAUUACAACUUUUCUGACAGAUGACAAGUUCCAUGUGUUUACUUUUUUGUGGGGGUUAUGUUGUUGUUGCUGCUGUUUACUGUCUCAGUACAUUUAUCAUAAUUUAUUUCUCAAAAUGAAUGGAUUAACUUUAAGGGUCACUGGUGGUAGCAGUAAGAAAAAAAAAACAUCAAUUGGAUAUUCACCUGUGGUUGUAAAUGUCCACGAAAGAGAUUUUGGCGCGAAAAGUAAGCUUUUAGAAGAAUUUAAUCAGGCUUCAAGUUCUGAUGAACAACUGGCAUUAUUAAAAACCAUAUUCAAUGAAAUAGACAAUGCAUCAGAUGUAGAUAUGAUGAAAUUCCUCGUGACAGUAUUCUUCCAGGCUGAGUGCAAGCAUCCUGUCAAGUGUUUUAUCACAAGACAAAUAACAAAGCGAAAUGAUCUCCAAGACAUAUUUGCAAGUAUUUUAGCAGAAGAAAUAAAUACAUUUAUUGCAAGUGAACAUAACAACUACAAAAUAUACAUAGACAUCGUUACGAAGGUGUCGGCCUGUGUGGAGAACUUCCAGGCAGGAGCUGCUGCUGUUAGAACUGUACAGAUGCCGCUCGCAAAAUAUUUUAACAGUUGUUUGGAGUGUUGCAUUACUACAUUAAGAGAAAACACAUCGCUCUCACCAACAGAAAAAAAUGAGAUUUUCAACUUAGCACAUUUAGCAUCUAGAUUAAUUUUAUACAUUAUGCAGAGAGUGGACUGUGUUAAUGUCAUGAAUCUGACUGCAUUAUUUAGCAGUGUUCGGAGUUUUGUAAAACAACUCAUGUAUGAUGGAGACGUUCCUAUGGACACAAAGUCUGUGUGCGGGAUACUUUAUUUAACAAUGCAUUUGCUGGAGAACGGAUCUGAGUCAUGGGUAGAUAUCUUACAACCGAACCAAUCAGUCCCUGAUUUAAUGGACCUAUUAAAAGAGGAAGCAUCACAAUUAUCGCUAUACUCUGCCAUCACCACAGUGGUAUCAGUGGACAAGCUACAAAGUCAAAUACAGAACUCACCAGCUUGUCUGAUGCUCACACACUUGUUAAUGGAAAUUGGAGAGAGAAGGUCGUCAGAUUCUGUGUUCAUAUUGGGAGUUUCCCGUACACUGCUACAAUUAUGUAAAAUGCUAGACAAGAUAACAGACCAACAAAUGGGUCUGAAAAUGGUGGACUCUCUGUUAGUGUUCAUAUGGUCGCAUUUAGAACACUACAUGGAUAGUGUGAGCCAUCUCACUGCGCAAAUGUUGAAUUGUGUUGUCAGAUACUGUAGCCACUUGAAGAAACAAGGCAAUGACAAAGCUAUAAAUGAAUUGUUCUCAUCGCUGCUGUCGCUAGACAAGAUGCGCAAGAGUUACUAUCUGAGUAUCAGCGCGCUGACCACCGAGCUAGGAGCUCUGAGCAUCAUGGAGAGACUCCCCAGCAUCAUACCUGAACUGCUGGCUGCGUUGAAUGUGCAGGCGGUGCAAGCCAGUACAACAACGGCGCUGGAGACAAUGUUACAAAAACACAUUAAGGAAUGUUCCACAGACGAGGUGCAUAAGCAAUGGAUAGAACCCAUGAUGGCGUAUGUGACAACCAACACGCUGGACUCCACUGUGUUGAACAUACUUGAAAGUUUAUUAGUGAAGGCUGUGAAGUGGGAUGAAAACAUCAUGACGAGGAUACUGCCAUACAUAGAACAGACAGACAACACAACAAGGGAUGUGAAGUGUGUGCUGAUGCUGCUUAGCGUGGUGCGCAAGGCCGGUGUCGCGAAUAGACAAAGCGUCGAGCAUGCUGGCAAGUGGAAAGGACUGAUCAGCUAUGACGUGCUCAACAUGGCCGCUGUUGACGCUGUUGAUGAGACGAGGAUAUUAUCACUAUCCCUGAUAGUGGAAUCGCCGAAGUCUACAGAAGUGUUUACGUCAGGAGAUCUGUCUUUCAUACUGUAUUAUCUGAAGUAUAAUAUCAAUGCGCAAGCGCCUAACUUUAGACAACUCACACUUUCCAUUAUGAAGAAGUUUAUGAAGCGCUUGGAGGAGAGCGCUAAAGUGCUAAAGAGGCAACACCAGCCUCACUUGGAGGAGUACGUGCGGUUCGCGGGAGGGCUGCGGGCGUUGUGUUUCCACAGCCUGCCGCCCGGCGCCAACUACACCCGGCGGGCCGUGGCGCUGCAGAUACUGGCCUGGACUGAACCCCUCGGGUGGGACAGUGUUUGGAAGCGAGAGUACGUAGAUAAGUUGCUGUUGCACCUAGAGGACAGUUACGAGAAUAACAAGGCCUUGGCGUUGGAGAUACUGGAUCACUGUCCCGCGGACAUGUUUAAGGAAAACACAUACACGAUAAGCACGAAUUUCGAAGAUAUUCUUCGACAAGCGUCGUCUCUGAAGCCCACUGACUGCACUUCAGCCGCCUAUAAAUUCGAUUUCCUGAGGAGAAAACUGCCACAAAAUAUAUUAGAAGGGAUUACGUGUACAACCGCCGAGCCGGUAAUGUACACGCUCUUACAUCGUUUGCUGAAGCAGUUGUCGUUGGAACUGGACAUCUGCACGCGGAACAUCGUGGUGGGCGCCAGAGAGGGUCCCAUGUACGGCGUGCUGCACUGCAUGGCGCAUCUCAUGAGAUACGUGGAUGCUGAAGCGAUUCGCUCCGAUCCCGCCUGGACAUCGCUGGUGCAGCAGAUGAUCGCCAGCUGCGUGCGGGUGUCGGCGGCCGCGGCCUGCGUCGUCAACAACUCGUCGCCCGAGGGACACCUGCCCAUGGACUCCUGCGGCGUCGCCGUCUCCGACCACGGGAACUCGGGCGGCGUGGUGUUGUCGGACGGGCGGCCCGUCACGGCGCAGAUGGUGCUGCUGUGUGCCUGGAGGUCCGUCAAAGAGGUAUCCCUCCUCCUGGGCACGAUAUCUUCACGCCUGAGCAUCAGCGGCGAGGGUCACGCGACAGGGACUCUGGACGCCACCCAGUUGGCCGCCAUGGGGCAGCACUUCACCACACUCCUGGCCGAGACCAAACACCGCGGCGCCUUCGAGCAGGCCUAUGUCGGCUUCACUAGACUGCUGGAUAGGCUGUGGCGGUGCCGCGGCGCAGCGCUGCACUGCAUGCCGCGCGCGUGGCUGCGGCGCCUGCUGCACGCCGUCACGGCGCCGGGCGGCCAGCUCUGCGCCACGCGCCGGAGCGCCGGCGUGCCUUUCAUGAUACAGGCGCUAGUAACUAGUGAAGUGCAAGCACUCGGCAGUUCUCGAUUAUUUCACGAUUGCGUUACGCAACUCAUUCAACGGUGUAGCACAAAUUUAAAAAAAGAAAGCAUAGAGCAAUCUACAUCAGAGACAGAAGAAUCUAGAAGGAUAAAGGAAGAUGUAGAGUUGUGCAGUGAGACGGAAGAGGCGGAGGUGUGGGCGCGGUGCUGCAACGUGUUGCGCGCGCUGGUGCGCGGCGCGGCGCUGCAGGCGGCGGGCGCGGCGCACGCGCAGGACGCGCUGCUCGCCGCGCUGCACGGCUUCCAGCGCCGCAGCUGGACGGAGCGCAACUCGGCGACGCUGCUGCUGUCGUCGCUGGUGACGCGCACGUUCGGCGCGGCGCGCAUGCGCGGCGGCGACGCGCUGGCGCUGCGCAACAAGAUGACCGGACGCAUCUUCUUCCUGCGACAUCCCAGGCUCUACGACUACAUGCUGGAAAAGCUCCAAGAAAUGAGUGAUAGUGGAAACGAGCAGAACAUCCACCCAUCACUGUACCCGAUACUGCUGCUCCUAGCUCGCCUGUAUCCCUCCUCUCUGGAGGGCACCGUCUCUAACCUUAAGCUGGUGGCGUUCGUCCCGCACGUGUUGUCGUGUGCCAAGAGUAGCGUGCUGAAGACGAGGCAGCUGGCUGCCAAGGCCAUGGUGCCUUUGAUAUCGCCCGAACAAUACCUGACCCAUAUAGAAUCAAUGUUCACCAUUCUCCACGACAUGAAUAUAAAGCGUAACUACUGCCACGGGAUCCUCCUGCAGUUGAUAAGGUUACUGGACGCGAAACCCGACGUCAGUAUAGACAGUGCUAUGGUCGAUAGACUCGCGCGCAGUGUCGAUGGCAGUGUGUGGGUGUUGGAGCAAGGUGCAGGACACACGCCUUGCUAUGUCAUUGUAGAUGAGUGGGUUAAAGUGGUCAACUUGUUGGUUUGGAGAUUCCCAACAGUUUUAAAAGAAGAAACCAUAAUAAGAAUCCUUACAUUACUACCAAUUUUAAUUUUCAACGACAAAAUACCGCACAUAACAUCAGGCAGAGAAGUGUGUCUGGCCAACGCAAUGUAUUUAUAUCUCAUUAUACUGACUAAACUCGAUAAAAUAGAUAGAAUUUGUGAAGAAGUGUUAAAGGCUCUUAAACACAAGUCCUACGACGUUGUGUUAGCAGCUUUGAAUUAUCUGUUAAUACAACACGCAAGUCUAGAAGCGGAAAACAAGUUACAAGAACAUUUAACAGAAAUUAAUCAUGAUAAAGUACUGUUAAAACUUAAAAACAACGAGAAAUACAUAAACGUGUUGUGCGAAAUAAUGAGAACUGCAAAAUAUUUGGAAUGUAAGCAGAAGUGUUUGAAAGUUCUGACGAUAGAGGGCGACACGCAGCGAGCGAUUGUCGAUAUCGAUAGUGAAAACGAUUUUUCUAUCGACCAUAUUGUUGGAAAAUUAUUCGAAUGUAUUGACAAAUCGCAUGAAAAUUUAAUACAUAUUUAUUUAGAGAGCCUGUCUCAAUUUGUUACAAAACAUUUAGACCAGUUAAAUUUAACCUUAAUUACGGAAGUUAUAAGGUCUUUAUUCAAUCAUAGCACUCCUGAUAAUAAGGACGAAAGUCGAAGUGUAGUGGUUGGAUUCUUGGAGAAAAAUGCUACGCGGUUAAUCAAUUUGGAUUUGAGUGGAUUGAGCAAAGAAAACCAAUUUGAAUACACAGCAACAUUCUUCGCAACACUAAUAACGACUCUAGAAGACGACAGUGAUACACUGCGCCAGAGAACGGCAAACACAAUUCUGUCCGUACUAGGAAUCAACUCUAGCCUCAUAUCGAGCAAAUGUGCGGAAAUGCUCACGGACUAUAUGGAGAGAUAUGAAGAUAGUGUAGCGUUGUAUGUGCUGGUGGCAUUGCUCGACUUCCGGUCUGAAGUGUGUCUCACUGAUGAGCUUAAUGAUGAGUGCCGAGUCUUCGAUCAGAAUGAGCGAUACAACAUAUUUUUAGAAGAGACAAUGUGGACGAAUGAGUGUGCAAAGAAGAUUAUAAAGAUGUACAACAAUGGCUCAAAAGUUAUCGAUAACAUCUUAUCGAUUAUCGAUAAUCCGAUAUACACAAGUACUUACGACAAAUUAUGCAACAAUAACAUUGUAUUGUUCAAGAAGAUGAUGGAAGAAAACGAACAUAAAGAUGAUACGAUAAAUCCUAAAAUUCGAUUAUUUAUUAACAUGUUAAGUUAAAUACCUAGGACUUAUUUUUAGCCAAUUAUAAAUGAUGUGCAACAUUUGUCAUAAGAAAUGUUUGUCAAUGUCGAAUAUAAUUCCAAGAUGACGCGCAUCAUAUUCCGAAUUUUCUAGCACACUGACGGGUUGAGUAUGGUGUUAUAAAACAUGUUGAGCAGCAUGUUACAUAAUAAAUUACUAUGUAUUAUUGUUUUCUUUUUUAUGUGUGAGACGUAAUUUGUAUAGUAUUUAUUAAUGACUUCAUUCAUAGCUCUAUUUUGUGAUAAAAAUCGAUUAAAUACACUAUAUAUAUUUAGUUUUAUGUAAUUAAAUAAAAUUUGUAAUUAAUUACCGUAAUAAAUAUUGAUCCUGUGGCACGCUGUAAUACACCACAUGAGAGCAUAUGUGAGGGGGACUAAAAUAAUUCAAUUGUUUUAUAUCUAAAAGUUUAUUUACAAACAAUCUAAAUAAAAUAACUGAACAUACGAA